AUGUCUCUCCCCACCAAACGCUCAGCCUCAGCCACCACUAGCACCUCCAGCACUUCUACCUCUAAUAAUUUCCUUCCAAUGAAGAAGGCCAAGUCCCAGGCCGCCUCCGCCUGCUCUCCUCUCGACCACAACAAAAACGGCCUCCAUCACUCAGACGAUGUCGUCUUCGAUCCUUCCUCUAUGUCUCUCGACGACGAUCCCAAGCUCGUCGACUAUCGCCCUCCUCCCGCCGCCGCAAAUUUAUCUCGCAAAAAGGCCACUCCCCCACAACCCACCAAGAAGCUCGUAAUUAAGCUCGUAAAGGCUAAACCAACCCUGCCUACGAAUUUUGAGGAGGAUACAUGGGCAAAGCUGCAGUCAGCUAUUAAGGCUAUAUUCUUGAAACAACCAGCUCCUUGUGACUUAGAGAAGCUUUAUCAGGCUGUCAAUGAUCUAUGCCUGCAUAAGAUGGGGGGUAAUCUUUAUCUGCGCAUUGAAAAAGAGUGUGAAGCACAUAUAUCUGCAGCAUUACAAUCGUUAGUUGGUCAAAGCCCAGAUUUGGUGGUCUUCUUAAAACUUGUUGAGGAGUGCUGGCAUGACCUCUGUGACCAGAUGUUGAUGAUUCGUGGUAUAGCCUUGUAUCUGGACAGAACAUUUGUGAAACAAACCCCAAAUGUGCGUUCAUUGUGGGACAUGGGUUUGCAGCUUUUCCGUAAACAUCUUUCUUUGUCUCCUGAAGUUGAGCACAAAACUGUCACUGGCCUCUUGCGAAUGAUUGAGAGGGAAAGAUUAGGUGAAACAGUUGAUAGAAAACCCCUUGUCCAUCUUUUGAAGAUGUUCACUUCACUAGGAAUUUAUGCAGAGAGUUUUGAAAGACCAUUCCUUGAGUGCACAUCUGAAUUUUAUGCUGCUGAAGGCAUGAAAUACAUGCAGCAAUCGGAUGUUCCAGAUUACUUGAAGCAUGUGGAGUCGAGAUUGAAUGAAGAACAAGAUCGAUGCAAGAUUUACCUUGAUGCAAGUACUAAAAAGCCACUAAUAGCAACUGCAGAAAGGCAGCUACUUGAACGUCAUGUAUCUUUGAUUCUUGAUAAGGGGUUCAUGAUGCUGAUGGAUGGACAUCGGAUUGAGGACCUUCGGAGGAUCCACUCACUGUUCUCAAGGGUCAAUGCACUUGAGUCAUUAAGGCAGGCACUUAGCAUGUACAUCCGAAGAACUGGGCAGGGCAUUGUUAUGGAUGAAGAGAAAGACAAAGAUAUGGUUUCCUCCCUGUUAGAAUUUAAGGCUUCUCUUGACUUGAUAUGGGAAGAAAGCUUCUCCAAGAAUGAAGGAUUUUGCAUCACCAUAAAGGAUGCAUUUGAGCAUCUAAUUAAUCUUCGUCAGCUCAGUAGCCGCACAGCACAACUCAUCAAAUACCAAACAGGCCCUGGAACUGCUUAUUUAUUGAACCGUCCUGCUGAGCUGAUUGCAAAGUUUUUGGAUGAUAAGCUUCGUGCUGGGAAUAAGGGUACUUCCGAGGAGGAGUUGGAGGGUACACUUGAUAAAGUUUUGGUUUUAUUCAGGUUUAUUCAGGGUAAGGAUGUGUUUGAAGCAUUUUAUAAGAAGGAUCUUGCAAAAAGACUGCUGUUGAGAAAAAGUGCUUCUAUUGAUGCAGAGAAAUCUAUGAUAUCUAAGCUGAAGACUGAAUGUGGCAGCCAGUUUACAAACAAGCUUGAAGGAAUGUUUAAGGAUAUUGAACUGUCAAAGGAGAUAAAUGAGUCCUUCAAACAAUCAUCUCAGGCCAGGACAAAACUUCCAUCAGGGAUUGAAAUGAGUGUACAUGUCUUAACCACUGGGUACUGGCCCACAUAUCCACCCAUGGACAUUAGGCUUCCUCAUGAGCUGAAUGUUUAUCAGGUAUUGCACAAGAUACCAAAUGAUAUAUUCAAAGAAUUCUACUUAAGCAAGUAUAGUGGAAGGCGCUUAAUGUGGCAAAAUUUAUUGGGUCAUUGUGUGUUGAAAGCUGAGUUUCCGAAAGGUAAAAAGGAGCUAGCAGUUUCUCUAUUUCAGACUGUUGUUCUGAUGCUGUUUAAUGAUGCCCAAAAGCUUAGUUUUCAAGAUAUCAAAGACUCUACUGGCAUAGAAGACAAGGAACUUAGGAGGACUUUGCAGUCUCUGGCAUGUGGAAAAUUUCGUGUCCUGCAGAAGCUGCCUAAAGGGAGGGAUGUGGAGGAUGAUGAUUCCUUUGUGUUCAAUGAAGGAUUUACUGCUCCACUCUAUCGGUUAAAGGUCAAUGCGAUCCAGAUGAAGGAAACUGUAGAGGAAAACACAAGCACCACUGAGAGAGUAUUCCAGGAUCGUCAAUACCAGGUUGAUGCUGCGAUUGUCCGGAUAAUGAAGACAAGGAAAGUGCUAAGUCACACGCUUCUUAUAACUGAACUAUUCCAGCAGCUGAAGUUCCCUAUAAAGCCAGCCGAUUUGAAGAAAAGGAUAGAAAGCCUUAUCGACAGGGAAUACCUGGAGCGAGACAAGAACAAUCCUCAGAUAUACAAUUACUUGGCCUAA